CAGCCACUUCCGGCAGGCGCUGCGCUGCUAGAGGGUGCAAGUGAGGAUGGCGGCAGAGAGCGAGGCCAGCCAGGAGAGCGCUCUGGGCGCCUACUCGCCAGUAGACUACAUGAGCAUCACCAGCUUCCCGCGGCUGCCGGAGGAUGAGCCGGCGCCUGCCGCUCCGCUGAGGGGACGCAAGGACGAGGAUGCCUUCCUGGGAGACCCCGAUACCGACCCGGAUUCCUUCCUGAAGUCGGCGCGACUGCAGCGGCUGCCAUCGUCGUCGUCGGAGAUGGGCAGCCAGGACGGGUCACCGCUAAGAGAGACUCGCAAGGACCCAUUUUCCGCGGCAGCGGCCGAGUGCUCUUGCCGCCAAGAUGGGCUUACGGUCAUCGUCACUGCCUGCCUCACCUUCGCUACCGGCGUCACUGUGGCGCUGGUCAUGCAAAUCUACUUCGGGGACCCCCAGAUCUUCCAGCAGGGUGCUGUGGUAACUGAUGCUGCUCAAUGCACAUCACUGGGCAUGGAGGUGCUCAGUAAACAGGGAUCUUCCGUGGAUGCAGCUGUAGCAGCAGCCUUGUGUUUAGGGAUCGUGGCUCCACACAGUUCUGGCUUAGGCGGUGGGGGCGUAAUGCUGGUACAUGACAUCCGUCGAAACGAAAGCCAACUAAUUGAUUUCCGGGAGUCUGCACCAGGGGCCCUCAGGGAAGAGGCCCUGCAGAGGUCCUGGGAAACCAAGCCUGGGCUCUUGGUGGGGGUCCCCGGAAUGGUGAAGGGGCUUCAUGAAGCUCAUCAACUCUAUGGCAGGCUGCCAUGGUCCCAAGUCCUGGCCUUCGCUGCAGCUGUGGCCCAAGAUGGUUUCAACGUGACCCAUGAUCUAGCCCGGGCCUUGGCUGAGCAGCUGCCUCCCAAUGCAUCUGAGCGCUUCCUGGAGACAUUCCUGCCCUUGGGCCACCCACCACUGCCUGGCUCCCUGAUGCGUCGUCCUGACCUGGCAGAGGUGCUGGAUGCGCUUGGCACUUCUGGCCCUGCUGCCUUCUACAACGGUGGCAACCUCACACUGGAGAUGGUGGCUGAGGCUCAGCAUGCAGGGGGCAUCAUAACUGAAGAGGACUUCAGCAACUACAGUGCCCUUGUGGAGAAGCCUGUGUGUGGGGUGUACAGAGGCCACCUGGUUCUGAGUCCCCCACCCCCACACACAGGCCCUGCCAUCAUCAGUGCUCUGAACAUCCUUGAGGGCUUCAAUCUCACCAGCCUGGUAUCCCGGGAACAGGCUCUUCACUGGGUGGCAGAGACCUUGAAGAUUGCAUUAGCCCUGGCCAGCAGACUGGGAGAUCCCAUCUAUGAUUCUACCAUCACUGAGAGCAUGGAUGACAUGCUCAGCAAGGUGGAGGCUGCAUACUUCAGGGGCCACAUCAAUGAUUCUCAGGCAGCCCCUGCCCCUCUCCUGCCUGUCUAUGAGCUGGAUGGGGCUCCCACCGCUGCCCAGGUGCUAAUUAUGGGCCCUGAUGACUUCAUCGUGGCAAUGGUCAGCUCCCUGAACCGGCCCUUUGGCAGUGGUCUCAUCACCCCCUCGGGGAUUCUGCUCAACAGUCAGAUGCUGGACUUCUCCUGGCCCAACAGAACUGCUAACCAUUCUGCACCCAACCUGGAGAACUCGGUGCAGCCAGGGAAGCGGCCACUCUCUUUCCUGCUGCCUACUGUGGUCCGACCGGCAGAGGGGCUCUGUGGGACCUACCUUGCCCUGGGGGCCAACGGAGCUGCCCGGGGCCUCAGUGGUCUGACCCAGGUACUGCUGAAUGUCCUGACCUUGAACCGGAACCUGAGUGACAGCCUGGCCCGAGGCCGCCUUCACCCAGACCUGCAGUCCAACCUCCUGCAGGUGGACAGUGAGUUCACAGAGGAAGAGAUAGAAUUCCUGGAAGCCAGGGGUCACCACGUGGAGAAGGUAGAUGUCUUAUCCUGGGUCCAUGGCAGCCGGAGAACCAACAACUUCAUCAUCGGUGUAAAGGACCCACGGAGCCCAGAUGCAGCUGGAGCCACCAUCCUGUAGAGCAGCGGGGUGGGGCGGGGUCUCUGCUCCCCACCUUUGCAUGUUCCCAGAGUCCUUCCUUCUCCCAAGUUUGGUCUCAGGGGGACCCCAGGGAUGCCCUAGAUUAGGGGCCAGAGGGAAUGCUUAGCAAACCCUAUCCCAGAGUAAUUGAAAAAUUCUCCAUCAUGAGGCCUGCGGUGGUGGUGGUAGUUAAUGUCAGUGUCCACGACUAGGCAGGGGACCUUGAGGGGUCUUUCUCCUCUCUUCUUUUAGCCAUGCUGGCUCUGAGCUUAGGGAUAUGCUUGCAAACCCUUCUCAAGGGUGUUAUAACCCUAACAUCUACAGACUAUCCUGACCUGGGCCUUGUCUUCCAGCUCCCUUAUCCUGUUCCCAGCCUCAUUUCUUAAGUGAUUAGGAUUUUUUUUUAAUGGACCAUCGUGGGAAGAGAGUAAUCCUCUCCUCCUACCAGGUUGAGGUGGGGACCUUUCAU